GUUAGGAUGAACUUGUCAGUUACAGGUAAUACAAAACCGCCUGUGUCUGCCCCUUGCCCAUUGCCCUCCGUGUAUGCAGCUGCUGCGGGCGGACCUCACAUUCAGAGUGUGGCGCUCCCUCUACUUCUUUGGCUCUAUCCUGCCGCUCCUGCUCUCCGUCUUGCUUCCUCCACUCAUUCCUCCAUCCAACCGGCGAAAGAAAGACCAAUAAGGGACUACGGGUACCCAGUGCAAGAAUGCUAUCCUGAUGGGUUUUCAUUGGGGGGAUACGUUAUGGUACCAGCAUGA